GGGCGGGGUAGGGUGCGAAUUCUGCCUCUGACCACCUCUGAGUUCUGAGACCUAAAGCAAUUUGCUUCAAGCCUCUGGUCCCCAAUCUGUAAGAUAGGAACCACAGUAACUGGAACAUCUACUGUUAGAUACCGUACAGAUACUGAAGCCACUGUGGAGCACUUGGAGUCCGUCGGGCCUAGGUUCAAGACCUGCCUCGGCAUUUACUGGAUGUAUGAUCCGGUUGUUUCUGCCUUCUUUCAUUCAUAUGUCUGAUACUUCGGCUAGUGCAUCCUUGAUUGGAGAUACAGAGAACGUCAGCCUUACUCUCUCUGUGUUGAAUAAGUCGGGAAUUUUGCCAAUUUCUGAUUGUGGAUUGCAGAAUAAUGGAACAAGCAACUGGACUCUGACAGUGACUCCUGGUGUGGGGAUCUCAGAAGUGACCAUAAGCUUGAAUAGUGAUUUACAGUCCUGCCUCUCUGAGACACUUUCCUUCUCUGAAUUUCCCUGUAUUACUGAUACUCUGCUGGUUUCUGCAUCCCACAACUCAUCCUGUUUGGCACACUUACUCGUUCAAGUUGAAAUCUACCCUAACAUUUCCUUUGCCCAGAAUGUAUCAGAGAGUGCUGCCAGUGUUCCUGAGCAGAAGUACAAGCCCUUCGGUCCCUGUCCUUGUGACUUGGUCUCUGGGGCCUGUGACGUCCGCUGCUGCUGUGACCAGGAAUGCCGGCCCAAUUUAAUAGAACUGUUCAAAGAUCAUUGCCAUACAGGAGUUUUUGGUGGACAGACAAACCCACCUUUCGACCAACUGUGCUCUAACAGUGAGACAAAUGAGAGGCCAGAUUGGUUUCCCUUCUUGUGUGUUCAGUCCUCUCUGGAAAAUAGCCCCUUCCUUGGUCUUUUCUUCGAUGGUUCUAUUGUUCGCCAUAAAAAGACCAUGUUCGAAAUGCCUUCAUAUGUUCCCGUGAAAGACACGUCGGAUUUUGGCUAUAUACAAGGCGAUCCACUUAUAACAGUGAAUAAAACGUAUUUCACCAUCCCCCAGAUGUCUCUGGUGGGGCAGUGUACUCAACAUGCCCCGGUGGCUUUCCUUAAGGAUUUCGAUGUGAAGUGUCUUAUUAACCUGGAAACAUACCAACGGUCAAGUGUUAGAAACAGGACUAUAAAAAAGGGUACCUUGGGAGGUAGCAUCACAAUCCAGGUGACAGAAGAGCAAUCAACUGCCUUGGACAAGUACAUCUCUAACACAGAAGUAAUUCUUCCUCCUGAAGAAGUUUCAGACACUGUGAUCUUGGAAGAGCAUUACGUUUUCAUGUGGAAAAAUACGACAAUUACUGAGGCCAGUGCCAAAUUCAUUUGGGGAAAAAUUCAUCCCAACCAGCAAGGAAUGUUGACACAGAGAUUCAAAGUCAUGUUUUUAAGCUUUAAUACUAAAAACAUCAAACAACGAUCUGGAAAUCCAGGUUACCACUUUGGCAAGCCGGUGAGAGCCCUCGAUCUCCAGAACGCUACUAAUAUCACCACCAUUAACCUUUGGCAGCCAGUUGGCAGUGGUCUGUGCAGGGCAGUAGACACCUUCACCCCAGUUUUGUUUGGAGAAGACACUACAUCUGGAUGCUUCUUGGAGGUUGGCAUUGAUGAAAACUGUACCCAACUCAGGGAAAAGGUUACUGAAAAUCUUCAUUUAUUAAUACAAGCUACUCAUGUGGCCAGGAAAGGCAACUCAGAUUAUGACAACAUUAAUGAUGGUUGGGAGAAAAUAAUAUGGAGAGAUCCACCUUUUCCUAAGGAUAACCUCCAUUUAGAGGACAUAAAAGGCAUCUGUCCUGAUGUGCCUGCCCUGAUGAAUAUCCGUUUCCUUAUUUCUAAUGGUGGUAAUCUGGAAGGAAUUUCCCAGUUUAUGAUACUUGGCACAGAGGUGAGCUUUUCUCCUGUCACCUGGCAGUUUGAGUGUGGGAUGACCUGCGAAGAUAAGCCUAGCCUUUUCCUUAUCAGUGCCUCCGUCCAAUUUAUUAAAAUACCUCCUGAACCGCCCCUUCCACGGUCAAGUUUCCAGAUAAAUUUUACCGACUAUGACUGCAACCACAAUGAAAUCUGCUGGCUUCAGCUUGCUUACCCAUUGACCGGGUUUUAUGAAGGAGAGUCUUAUAGCUCCUGCCUUGCCAAAAGCUUGAUGCUGGUCUUCUUCCUCACAGUGGUCUUCUUUUUCAGCGGACCAUGGGGCAGAAACUAUAAGUUUUGGAACUUAUUGGACUUCUAACUUCUGGGAAUCUUCAGAGAGCAGCAUCAGCCCUGUGGUCAGGACUUAGGGCGGCAAUGGGAAACUUCAUCAAAUGAUACUUCCUAUUUAUUUCUGUAAAAAGGUGUAUUUCAGUGAUCAGAAAAUGUGUUUCUAAAUGUCACUUUGUCAAAAACUGGCCACUAGUCAGCUGAUUUUUUUUCAGCUGAAGAAACUCUUGGAGACUCUUCAAAGAGGGGGGCUGUCUUCUAGAGGGGGCUUGAUCUGUCCCUCUGGAGGACCCACUCACAUCAGGAAAAUCAUAGAUCCUUGAGGGGUCAAGAUCAGUAUGGAAUUAUCAUAGUGCUUUCACUGGUGGAAACUUUAGCAUCCUCGAAGUGACUUACCCAAGGCCACACAGCUGGUCAUUAGCACAGUGUUAGGGGUAAAACUUAUGGUUGGACUGAAUAUAUUUUUAGUUGGUCAAGAAGGAUUUAAAUUCUAAAUCCCAAUGAAAUACUCAAGUCAGAAUGGAAUUUCAUGGUGGUUUAUUUACACAGAGUGAAGAUAUUAAGGAAGAAAGAGAGAAAGGGAGAGAGAUACCAGGCAGGAGUUCAGAAACAGGGGUGGGGGGGGGGGAGGCAGAGGAUUAAAUCUAGCAAGGCUUCUAGCCAUUAGACCUCCUCCAAGAUGAGGGGCCUCCUCAGAGGCUUGUGCCUCCAGAAAAGCCAAGGAAAGGGAAGUAAGCCUUGCACUCACCAAGUCUAAGGGAAGCAGCCUGAGGUCUCACAUUGGAGCUCCUCCACAAUCAAGCUCCAUUGCCCAGUCUGUCUCACAGGAAGUGCCGUGAAAUAUAAAGGCAGUACUUUACAUCACUUCCUGUGUCUCACAUGUACCAUUGGUGGCUUAAACUUGGCCUUGGAUGGCCCAGUGGGUCCAUCAGUUGUCUCUGAUUUGUCAGUUGCUAGCACAUGUAGGUCAUAGACCUUUUUCCCCUACACUUAAUCCUUAUGUGGGGGAGGGGGGUGUAUGCAUUCCUAGUUGCUAAAAUUCUAAAGACUAAGCUGGGUGGAGUUAAUCUAAAAUUCACAGCAUUUGAGACUAGAACCCCUAUGAUUAUAUAAUAAAAUGUAAAAAAGUGUCAGUUUUUAAAUAGUUAAAUAUUUUUUAUAAACUGUAAACUUAUACUCAUGACCAGUCUCCUUAGAGAAGCUCUUAUUUUAAGUUGGGAAUAACUGAUUUUUUUUUAUUAAAUACCUUUUGAUUUAAAUCACUUUAUUAGGCCUUUGGUUUGAAUAGAUUUUGUAUACUCUGAAUAAAUUUUUUUAAAAGAAA